AAGCACUUCAUCAUAAUCAUGUCUGACAUCGACGCUGCUGAGGAGAUCGACCAGCCUAUCGAGGUCGAGGAGGCAGUUACGGACCUUAACUCUGCCAUCCGUCGUGUUCUCAAGAAUGCCAUCGCCGUUGAUGGUCUUGUCAGGGGUCUCCACGAGACCGCCAAGGCCUUGGAGGCCAGCCGUGCCAACGUGUGCUUCCUUGCUUCCUCCUGUAACGAGGAUAACUACAAGAAGCUCAUCCAGGCCCUCUGCCUUGAGCAGAACGUCCCUCUGAUUGAGGUUCCUGAUAACAAGCAGCUCGGCGAGUGGGCUGGCCUAUGCAAGAUCGAUAAGGAUGGCAACCCUCGCAAGGUUGUUGGUGCCUCUGUUGUCGCCGUCACCAACUAUGGUGAUGAGGAUAACGAGGGACUCCGAUUCCUUAAUAACCACAUUGCUUCCCAGUAAAUGUUGUUGCCUAACAAUAUUGGCUAUGGCGUUUGAUGACCACGACGAUAGAGGCAGUUUCUAAUUGUUCUAGUCGUACUACUUGGACGGAUAAGUCAGAUAUUGAUGUGGC